GGAAAAAUAAAAAUUAAUUCUUAGCUUUCUAGCUGUGAUAAUCAAUCAGUCUGAUUUCCCACCAAGGAAUGUACCACCGUAUAUACAAAAUAAUGAAGUUUCUAUAUUCACUGAAUCCACAAUAGCAAAUUGUUUUUAUAAUUUUUUCGUUAAAAAAUCCAUCAUAUUCAUUCAAAAAAUUAAAACUUUUAAUAAAAUAACCUAAUGGUAAAUACAUAAAAACAAAAAUCAGAAAAUUUUAAAAGAUUGUCCACAGUAAUAUUAUAGAUGUUUUCUAUUCUUUACAUUUGACUUUCCUGUUUGUUUGAAUUACAUGACCUACUGGUCACUAGAUUCAUAAUUUAAUAGAAUGAUAAAAGUGAUAAACAAUCAAAAGAAGGAUGAAGUUAGUUUGUAGCAUUGAAGUUUUUCAUAGGCACUUAACAUUUGUACCAAAUAUUAGGAGAAGGAAACCUCAACAGUCCUGUUUAGCAUUAGGAAGGCAAUCUGUUAAAAGUGAAGAUGUUUACUUAUUACUCCAGACUCAGACAAAUAAAGUUGGUACAAAGUUCAAGGUUAACAAUAAUAUUGAAAAACUCUUUACAAGGUGUAUUGAUGAGGGAAAGGCCACAAUCAGAUUAAUAGAACCACCUGUUGAUAUAAACUUGCAAGGAGAUAAACUACAAAUAAAAAGCUUUUUAAAUGUAUUAAAGCUUUGUUUACAAAAGAAAUAUGAUCCUGCAAUUUUGAAUUUGUCCAAUCUUACUCCAAAAAUAUUAAAAGCAACUCCUAAAACAACACUAGUUAUAAAGAAAAAGUCUGAUUAUCCAGUUUUAGAAGGUUUUCCAAGAAUAACUGUAGAAUUACAUAUUGUAAACCUACAGAGAAAAUCUUUUGAUAGACAAAUUUUAAAACUACAAAGUUUGAGAGUUCUAAAUUUAUCAGAAAAUUUAAUAACAAGCCUUCCCGCAGAAGUAGGUAAUCUUCCACAUUUGCAAGAAUUAUAUUUAGCUGAUAAUCAAUUGGGAAAAAGUCCAAUCUCUAAAUGGACAUGGAUGAAUGGUAUCAAUAUUUCAAGAAACUUACGCUUAUUAAAUCUAUGUUCUAAUCAAAUAUUUAAAGUUCCUGAUCAAAUUGGUAAACUACAUGGUUUAGUAUCUUUAUAUCUAACCAAUAAUAAAAUUUCUGCCUUACCUCAAGGAAUUGGAAAUUUGAAGAACUUAAAGUUCUUAAUGGUAGCUAAAAAUAAGUUGUUGACUUUACCUGGAAGCAUGAAAAAUAUUCGAUUGUCUGAACUAGAUGUAUCAGAUAAUGCUUUUCAAAUGCGUUGUGAUAGUACACUAUGUAGUUCUGAUGUGAAAGUGCCUAGUCUAGUUGAUCUUACAGCACGAGUUGUAGUAAAAAAAAGGAUGUAUUAUGAUGCAUCAAUCAUUCCAUAUACUUUGGUCUGUUAUAUAGAUAAAGCAAAUUACUGUCUAUGUGGGAUGCCUUGUUUUGGAUCUUUUAUACAAAAAUUUAUGCCAGUGAAUUUAUCUGAUAUUACUAACGCCGUUAAAUUUACGGACCGGAAUGACGUAUUACUUGAAUGUUACUUUUGUUCAAUCAAAUGUUGUGCGAAAUACUACAGUUCUAGUUAAAGGGUCGAUUUUUAAUUUUAUUGUGAAUUAGUUUUUACUUAUAACUGUGUAAGACGAAAAGUUUAAAAGCUCGAAGUGCCUUAUAUAUAUAUUGCAUUUAUUUAACUUGAGAUUUUUCAUGAAAUAUUGUUUUUUAUGUUACUCGA